CUUAAAAUAAUAUCACAUUUGCAUUUUUGACCAGUAGUCAUGAAGUUUGAAUUAAUUUAAAGGCCCAAUAAGUAGAAAAUAAUGACGAACUUAUAAGAACUCUCCAGCUACGGAAAGAAUGUAUCGGAAACACAUAUAUUGAAAUUAACAAAAAAAAAAUACCCCCCCCCAAAAAAAAAAAAAACCAACAAAAACUAAAAAUGGCCAUUUCCAAAAGAAAUCCAUCAUUACAGUUUUUUGUUGUUUUUUUUUUUUCCCCCCAGAAAUGAACUUCUGACAAUGGGGGACUGGAACUUGUUGGGCAGCAUCCUUGAAGAAGUGCACAUCCACUCCACCAUAGUUGGCAAAAUCUGGCUCACAAUCCUCUUCAUAUUCCGGAUGCUGGUGCUGGGAGUGGCUGCUGAAGAUGUCUGGGAUGAUGAGCAGUCCGAGUUCAUCUGCAACACGGAGCAACCUGGCUGCAACAAUAUCUGUUACGACAAAGCCUUCCCCAUUUCUUUGAUCAGAUACUGGGUACUUCAGAUCAUAUUUGUCUCCUCCCCAUCUUUGGUGUACAUGGGCCACGCGCUCUACAGGUUAAGGGCGCUGGAGAAAGAGCGACAGAACAGGAAAGCCCACCUGCGGGCUCAGCUCGAGGGCCUGGAGCCCAUGCUCGAGGAACACAAGAGAGUGGAGAGAGAACUGCGUAAGCUGGAGGAACAGAAGAAAGUGAAUAAGGCACCCUUGAGAGGGUCCCUGCUGCGCACCUAUGUCCUACAUAUCCUCACCCGGUCGGUGGUCGAAGUGGGCUUUAUGAUAGGUCAGUAUCUUUUAUAUGGGCUUCACAUGUCUCCCCUUUACAAAUGCACUCGGCCCCCUUGCCCUAACACGGUGGAUUGUUUUGUGUCCCGACCCACAGAGAAGACCAUCUUUAUGGUUUUCAUGAACAGCAUCGCCGCCGUCUCCCUCUUCCUCAAUAUCCUCGAAAUCGCCCACCUGGGCAUCAAGAAGAUCCGGAAGAGCCUGUGCGGGCAGCCGCUGUGGCCGCCGGGCCCGUCCGAGGAGGAUCCCAGCGCGUACAACUCCAAGAAGAGCUCGGUGGUGCCGCCGCCGCCCUGCCUGGCCAGCAACGCGUCCCCGCCGCGCCCCCACCGCGGGCAGCUCCGGGCCACGCCGCCGCCGCGCCGCCGGCACCACGGACAGCACCCGCCGCCCUCCUCCAGCAGCGAGGAGGCGCCGCGGGCCGCGCCGGGGGGCGGCGGGGCGGGGGCGGCCGCCGCGGCCCGCCGGGCGCCCCGCCGGCACAGCCGAGUGAGCGCCUGCCGCGAUCUGGGUGAGGAGCGCGGCGACUCCCCGGACAGCGGGCACUGCCCCGGCACCCGCAAGUCCAGCUUCCUCUCCCGCGUCCUCACCGGCAGCCGGGCGGGCAGCGACAGCGAGAGCACCGCCUCCCGCGGCGGCCCCGGCCCCGGCCCCAGCCCCGGCCCCGGCUCCGGCUCCGGCUCCGGCUCGGAGGGGAAGCGCCGCUCGGAGGGCGCGCCCAGCCCGCCGCCCGCCGCCUCGGGACGCCGCGUGUCCAUGAGUAUGCUCCUAGAACUGUCAUCCAUCAUGAAAAAGUAGGAAAUUCUAAGGAGAAGAAAUAAACUAAGGGACUGAGAACAAACUGCCUUCUGCAGAGAGAGAUGAGAAGAAGAUUUUCUGUCAUUAUGUUCCCCUCUCCCACUGCUAUAAUGCUAAAUUGAUAAUACAGUUUAAAAAAGCAAACACUUUAUUCCUCCAUUUCAUGCCAAUCCCAGCUGUGCUGUACUCUGACUGCUGGUGUUACUGGGUAGCCUGCUCCACAACUCAAGAUUUCUCUAAUGUAGACUGAGCUGGAUCUUGUUAGUGUGUGCUACCACUGCAGAAACAGCCUUGUGUCUUUGGGGAGCAUUUUGGGAUGUACAACUUGUUGUGCAUGCUAGUGGUGUGUUCAUAUCAGAAACCAGCCUGAUCCGCAGAACUUCAAGGUAGCUUAAGACCCAAGGCACUGACAAGAAAAGAAUAGUUUGAUUUGAAAGUAACCUGGAAGGCUACGUGGCCUCUAUCUCUCUAGACUUCAGCAGCUGAUGAAUAAAAAGACAGAGGAAACACUCAUGGAAUCUGAAGGGACAGAAAAUUAAAGAGAGAAAAAAACAGCUGAAGAAUAUCUGCGGCUUUUCUGCCUGUGCUAAUGCAAUCCUCAAACUCUGAUAGAGCCCUUCCAUGCUAAUGUAGCCUCCUCAUAGCUAAUGCUUUUGGAUUCAAAAUUGAAGCUAAGUGAUAUCAGACAAUUUACUUUAAGUGCAAAACAUCUAUACUUUCCAGUUUGCUAUUUGAGAAGAUCACAUUGUGGUUGCAAAAAUCUUAUUUGCUUCACAGUCUCAUUAAUUCAUACUGAGGAACCAAAAGACCAGCAAAGACAAAAAGAGCUCAUUUCAUUUUGCUAGUAGAGCCUAGCUCAGAGGGUUGGCUUUCUGGGUUGUAUGCAGCCCAAGGAAGCAGCCCAAGAAAGCAGCUCUUACACUGGUGUACCUGGAAAAUAAACACCUUCUUCUGACUGUCCCUGAUCCUGUUUCUAUCCCCCCAUACUUAGAGCUGCUUUCAUUUGUCAAGCUUAUCAAAGUUCACAUUUGUUAUCAUCUCAUUAGGGAAUGAUGCUCGGAACAAGUUUGUUUGCUAUGCAGCUUUCCCUACGCAUAAAAAUCCUCCAUGACUUGACAACUCUAAGGCAAGGCUAGCAGAAAGCAGGACUGCAGGAAAAUAACUCAAACAUAAAUAUUGUAGUGUUUUGGUUUUUUUUCAAGAGCACAUGGUUUACAUUAAUAUUCUGCCUCACUAGAAACUCAUUGUCAAUUUGCCUGUGCAUUUAUUCAGUAUUUUAAGGCAAAAAAACCCAAACAAACCAAAACAAAAAAAACCAAACCAAAACAAAACAAAAAAAACCAAACAAAAAACUUGAAAUGGUGGCCAUUAAACGCCAGCAACAACUGAGGGAUGGAGAAACAUCUGUGCUAAUGUACUCUGCCUACUGCCAGGCUGCAUAGACAUGGUGGACACAUCUUCUGACAGCUUUGAUGGGGUGAGAAGCCUUCAUACAUGCUCAACAGGAAGACACUAAGGUUGGUGGCCAAGGGAACAUGAUUGAUGGUCUUCUGUCUGGUGAUGAAAAAGCCUGGGCCCCCCCCUCUAGCAGCCUGACCUCCUCCCCAUGCCACAGAGCGUCAUCCCAGCAAGUGUGUGGGACAGGGCAGGACAAUUCAAUUGGUCAUGCUAUUCCCCCCUCCCGGUGUCUCCUCCUGCCAAGUUGCUGAGCAGGCUCCCAGCUUGCAUCCGACACAAGGAGAGAGGUGGUUGAUGUGGGACUCCCACAGCACAAACACCUCCCUGCUGGACCCCAUGUCCUGCUUGUGGUAAAUAGCAUCUAAAGCUGUUGUAAUUUCUCUGUUCUUUUCUUGCUUUCCUGCUAAUGGUCCAUGGCACAAGUUUCCUCUUUCAGGAAGGAAUACUACAGAGAUUUUUUAGCUAUGUUUUGUUUCUACACAAACUUCUCAGUUUCACUCAGGUUUUCCUUAAAGGGGGAACAAACCUCAGCCUCUUCCCCUGCCUUCCAACAAGUACACUGAUGCUUUACAAGACCAAAACAAAGACUGAGCAGAAUUGCCUUAAGUCAUGCACGAGGGGAACAAGUAUAGAUACAGCUUAUUUGAUCUUCCAAAAAAACUUAUGUUUGCAGCAGAACACUCUGGGCUGUUCCUGCAGAUCAAAGGUAACUGGAUCCCUGGAUCAAAGACUGCUGGUGAAUUAGCAGUGGGACCACGUGAGUAGAAGUCUCUUCAUCUGUUCAGAGAUUCACCUGGCAGUGAAUCUCCAACUGCUUCCAACCCAACCUCCUGCAUCUCACCCACAACCCGUGCACUAACCGAGCCCUGCAACAUUGAUUUCAGAGUCAUGAUGAGACGAUUUACAAUACAUAAUGAUAUGUCUUUAUUUCAUCAACAGAAAUGGUGUCUAGACAAAAUUCAGUUAACACUAGCAAUUCAAAUGAAUGAAAAGGGUUGGGUGGUUUUUUUUCAUUUUUGUUUUUUUGCACAAUACUGUAUUUACAAUGAGUAAAUGACAUUUUAAAUUCA